ACAACAGAAGCUUUCUAUAAUCAAUGGACUGAAUGAAGACUGCCUACAACGCCUAUCGAUGCCUGGCCAAGGAGGAUCUGGAUGCUUUCGCCAUGAACCCGGAGAUGACAAUGGAUGGUAUGGGCGGCCUGCACGGCGCGCUGAGCGUGAGCGGCCAUGAUCACGACCUGCUGACCGGACACAGCCUGCACAACCCGCACAACACCAACAGCACCACUUCAUCAUCAUCGGCAUCAUCGCUGCGGAUACACCAGGAUCUGGCGUCGCGCUCGGCCAUGGUGUCCGGCAUGGCGAGCAUCCUGGAGGGCGCGGGAGAGUACCGGACCGAUCUGAGUCUGCCGCUCCAUCACGGGAUGAGCAUGAGCGUGCCGUGCGACACGUCGCCCCAAGGUAUGGGGAUGAGCGGCACCUAUACCACGCUGACACCUUUGCAACCUUUACCGCCUAUUUCUACAGUAUCGGACAAGUUCCAGCAUCCACACCAUCACCAUCAUCAUCAUCACCAUCACCACCACCACCAGCGGCUCUCGGGCAAUGUCAGCGGGAGUUUCACUCUGAUGCGCGACGACCGGGCUCUACCGGCCAUGAACAACCUAUACAGCGCCUACCACAAGGACAUGAGCGGCGUGGCGCCGAGUUUGAGCCCGCUCGGGAACGGCUUGGGUCCCGUACACGGCGCGCAGCACGGCUACGGCGCCAACGGCGGCGGCCACGACAAGAUGCUGGGCUCCAACUUCGACACGCACGCAGCCAUGCUGGCCCGCGGAGACCAGCAGCACCUGACGCGAGGUCUCGGCGGCCCCGUGGCCAGCAUGAUGCCGCCGCACCUGAACGGAAUGCAUCCCGGAGCGGCCAUGCAUCACCCGCACCCGCACGCCCCCAUGCUGGCGUGCUCCGGCCGGGACAGGCCGCCUUCCUCCUCUUCCUCCUCCUCCUCCUCCGCGGGGGUGCAGCACCAUCAGCAGCAGCCGCAGCAGCACCAUCAGCAGCAGCAGCAGCAGCUCGAAGAGAUUAACACCAAAGAGGUCGCGCAGCGCAUCACCGCCGAGCUCAAGCGCUACAGCAUCCCGCAGGCCAUCUUUGCCCAGCGUGUGCUGUGCCGCUCGCAGGGAACCCUGUCCGACCUGCUCCGCAACCCCAAGCCCUGGAGUAAACUCAAGUCCGGCCGGGAGACUUUCCGCCGCAUGUGGAAGUGGCUGCAGGAGCCCGAGUUCCAGAGGAUGUCCGCGCUCAGGCUUGCAGAAGCAUGCAAAAGAAAAGAGCAAGACUCCGGCAAGGACAGGGGCAACACACCAAAGAAAUCGCGGCUGGUCUUCACCGACCUGCAGCGGAGAACGUUACUGGCCAUCUUCAAGGAGAACAAGCGCCCGUCCAAGGAGAUGCAGCUGACCAUCUCUCAGCAGCUGGGACUGGAACUGACCACCGUUAGCAACUUCUUCAUGAACGCGCGCCGACGCAGCCUGGACAAAUGGAUGGACGAGGGCAGUCCGGGCGGGGCCUCGUCGGCGUCCAGCACUUGUACCAAAGUCUGA